CUAGAAAAUUUAAGCCAAAACACAAACAGCGAGAGAGAGAGAGAGAGAGAGAGAGAGAAAGAGACGACUUUCUCCGAUAUUUCUCUUCUUCUGCGCGGACUUUGAGUUGAUUCUUCAAUUUGCAGCAUUUGCUCUCGGGGUCUCAAACCCUAAUCCAUUCCUCCCACAAUUCUCACCCACCCUUUUCACCAAUUUACAAACCCAGUUUCACCCCUCUGUCUAUAUAUCUAUAUAUUGAUUUUGCAAUUCCUUUCGCGGGUUUGUUCGUUCGUUGCAAAUCUUGGGUUUUGGUUAUGGACGGAAACAAGGACGAGGCACUGAAAUGCAUGAACAUCGCCCGCAGCGCGAUUGGAUCCGGCGACCGAACCCGCGCCCAGAAAUUCAUCACCAAAGCCCAGCGACUCGACCCCUCCCUCUCCCUCUCCGCCUCCGAUCUCCUCUCCAAUCUCGACGCCCAGCCAGGACCCACCACCAAAUCGCCACCGCCGCCACCUUCGGCUCGGCCUAGGGUCAGGGUUUCGGCAUCCGGGUCUAAACCGGAAUCAUCGGAUUCGGCCACCUCUGUCGCGUACACCGAGGAGCAGAUCUCGAUUGUGAGGGAGAUUAAGAGGAAGAAGAAUUACUAUGAGAUUCUGGGUGUUGAGGAGAGUUGUGGUGUCGAAGAGAUCCGGAAAGCGUAUCGAAAGCUUUCGCUGAAGGUUCAUCCGGAUAAGAACAAGGCCCCGGGGGCGGAGGAGGCGUUUAAGGCCGUAUCGAAGGCGUUUCAGUGCUUAAGCAAUGAGGAGAGUAGGAAGAGGUAUAAGCUUGUGGGAUCGGAUGAAGAAGUUUUUGAAAGACGGGCUGCUGCGCCAAGGCGUGGUGGGGGGCAAGGGUUUUUUGAUGGGGAUGUUGAUGCUGAGGAGAUAUUCAGGAACUUCUUUUAUGGAGGUAUGAAUCCAGCUGGUAGAAAUACACAGUUUGGUAGCUUUAGCUUUGGACCUGGUAUGGGUGUGAGAAUGGGGAAUAAUAAUAGAAACAAUAAUAAUAAUGGGAAUAAUGGGUCUGUUGGACUUGCUAAGGCUUUGAUUCAAUUGCUGCCUGUGCUUCUGAUUCUGGUGUUUAGCUUUAUGCCGUCGAACGAUCCGGUUUAUUCAAUUUCGCGUCAGUAUCCUUAUCAGUAUAGGUUUACGACACAAAAGGGUGUGAAUUAUUAUGUGAAGUCAGGGGGGUUUGUGCAGCGUUACCCUCCUAAUAGCCCUGAGAGGGUGAGGCUUGAAGAGCAAGUGGAAAGAGAUUAUGUUUCGAUUCUUGCCCACAAUUGCAGGCUUGAGUUGCAGCGUUUUCAGUGGGGAUAUAUACGAGAAACACCGCAUUGCGACUCAUUGAAGCAGUUUGAGGCCGUGGCAGGAUGACUUGAUUCGAGGAUUUGAAGAAGAAUGAUAACCCUGGAUGGAGUAACCAGAGUAUCAACCAGAACAAAUUGCAGUUGAAAUUCUUGACCGAGUUCGUUGUUUUCGUCGUGAUCACUGAUGAUGGUUACGCAAUAUAUUCAAUAGCUUUGUGAUUAGACCAUAUUUUCAAUUUGUGCACACUCUCGGGAACAAAAUGUACAAGAGGGAGGAUUGAUAACGACUGGACUUUGUGAUCCAGCUAUUUCUCAUGCUUAAUCCAUUCGUUGCUCAAGUAUCAGUGUAUAAAGAGGGAACCCUCUUUUACUUGUUCUUGAAUUGUAUAAUGAGAAGGAUCUUGAUUUCGUCGAACA